CGACAAAAUCUGGAAUAGAUGGUGCUGUGGACAGAGCAACCUUAAAAGAGCCAGUAACUCCUGAAGGAAGGAAGCCAUGGCUAGAUUCAAAGACUGUUAAGAGUUGACAGGGUCCACAUCUCUCAUUUUACAAAAUAAGGAAACUAAGGCCCAACAAGUUUUUAAGUGUCACAGCUAAUGAUAGAUCAGUGAACCUACACUUCCUACUCCAUUUUUCACUAUGUCACAUGGCCCUGUGCCAUUCUCUUGGUCUCUUGCUGCCAUGUUCACUGAGUUGAAGGCCCUUUCCUGGUAUUGGUGAGCUUUGUGGAAGACCAUUGUGUAAAUUUCAAGCAAUCUCAGACCCCAGCCUCUCCUUACAGGCCUUCAAUGUGAACUCAGGAGAUGACAUUUGUCUUCAAUUCUUGAACAUAUCUAUGAGUUACCUGUGGCAAAUAUCUGGAUCCAGAUCAAACCUGGGUGUCCCCACUUUCCCAAUGAAAAGGCACAACUAAACUAUUCUUGAGGUCCAGCAUUAGCUGGAGGUCAUUAGGAAAAUGCCCCAGAUAUGUUGAUUUACACUAUGUUCUAUACCACAAUUUUUAUCUUUGCCACAGCUGCCCAACAAAAUGACUGUUAGCUCAUAUUUCUGCUGAAUUUAGGAAGCACUUGUUAUUCUCACUUCAUAGACUCUAUAGCUACAUGGCUAAUAAAUGGAAUUGAGUUGGACUCAUCAGCAUAGUAAGUAGUACAGGCCAAUGUUCUUAUAAAACUGGACACAGAUCUAUUAGCACAGCCCAAGUAGGGGCUCCUAAGAGUAGGCUUGUAUGUGCAUGCACAUGCUUAUACAAAAUAGAAGUCUGGAGAAAGCCUGACAUUCAGGCUCGUAGCUAGGCCCUGUGACCUCCCUUGAUAAACUGGGUGGCUGUUCUUGAAGGGACUGUGACAGAAACUCUCUCCACCUGUGAGUGUAUUUGGAGCAUGGAGAAGGGGGGGGAUCCUGGCUGGUCUCGCCCUGAGAUGUCAGUGUCAGGUGACGCAGGUAGGGAGUGGGGGGAAAAGAUCUGAGGGUCCUCCAGGAAGAUUCUGUUUGUUUGGCUUUGAUGGACACAUCCUUGGGUUUCUGUGGCUGGCUCUAAGGAGCCAGGUUGGGCAGGGCCAAGUACAAUCCAGACAUUGUGAGUGGGAGCAGAGCCUAGGCUGCAGCAUGGAGGGACAGAGCAGCGGACCUGGGGCUCAGGGGCAAGGGCUCUCCAAGGUGAGCUCCAAGCUGCUUCUAGGGUCACCCUGGCCAGUCCUAGGUCUGGCGUUGCUGCUACUGUUGCUGGCUUUGGCCGGAGCUGUAGUCGGUGGGCUCCUUGGCUUGGCACACAGCCCUGCUGAGCCUAUGCUGCAGGCUGUUCGAUGGACAUUCUUGAGUCCUCCUACCUCCUGGCCCAACCAGACAGCCACAGUGGACCCGGCCCAGGACACAGUGACCUAUGUGGUGACCCCACCUCAGAACAACCAUAGUUGGGCCGUGCUAUAUGACAGCCACAACGGUUAUGUGUGUUAUCGCCCUGGGGAACAAAGGGCCUGCUUUCUGCGGAGAAUGGAGACCUGGGACCGAGAGACCCUGAAGGUGGUCCUCAACACCUCUCAGGCUGACUGGCCACUGGGUCCCAACAAAGAUACCAGAUAUACUCAAGAGUUUUUGGGGGUGCUAGGGGGGAAUGAAGUGGACCCUGCUCUGGUAGGAGGACCAGUUCAGAACCUUUGUGACCAACUCCCCAUCUACUGGGUGCAAAGGGCAGGUUCACGGAAACAGAGAUUAAUUUAUCUCUGCAUUGACAUUUGUUUUCCAAGCAACAUUUGUGUGUCUGUCUGCUUUUAUUAUCUUCCAGAUUAGGAAUAACCUUAGGGCUAGGCACCUUGGAUGAUUCUCUUUUCCCUGCCUGCCCUGGCCUGUCCCUGGUCACUGCAGGAAUCAGGCACUGAAGCAGGGAUAUAAUCCCCCCAGGUCCAUGGGUGGGGCAGCUGGUCCUUAGUGCCAAGCCAGUGGGCUGUAGGCCAGGUUUGAAAGUCUCUCUACUGGAAACCAGGGUUUUUCUAUUAAUACAGGAGGUGCUGGGGAGAGCUUGGUUUUAAUCCUGAAUAAAAUGAUCACAAAUGUC